ACAUGUAUUUUCUCUCGGUCUACCUUUCCGCGAGGACGUGCGGAAGCCUCCGCCGACAGGUGUAAGCCGAGUUUUUACCAUUGAACGGACCAGAAGCGUAAGGUCCUACAGAGUGAACACCAUUAACUUUCCACUUAAACCCCGUGGUCACAUAUGUAUAUUGGACUUUUUAACGAAAAGUAGUGUUUUGCUUUUGGUAUUUUCUUGAUUUUUUCUUGGAUUCUUUUACAACAUGUUUAUUGGAGUGAAUACUAUAUCUAGAACUGAACACUAGAAAAGUGAAUGAAAUUUAAACUGACUGUGUACGUGGUAUGAAAGAUAUCAUUUGGCAAAUGAAAUCUACAGAAGGGAAUAACAAUUGCCUCCCCGGUAGGCGAAAACCGGCACAAGGCUCCAGAUUUAAGAAGCGACUUUCUAUUUUGCUGCACACCCAUGUCGCCUUGAUUGGGAUCUGUACGCUCAGCGUCCUAGAUGCAGGAUGUGUCAUCGGUCAAAUCAUCAGCGACAUUCUCAUCAUGAAAGACGAACUUCAGGAAAAGACCCUUAUGGAAAUGCAUGCCAAGGAAACGCUUACAAAACUCUUUCCUGCACGCUUUAACAAGAGUACCUAUGAAAGUGCUAGUCUAGAAGAGAUUUUGGUUAUAAUGAAAGAAUGUUUCGACAAACUGCAAAAGGACAAUCCGCACAUGAAUGGAGAAAAAUUAGCUAAAGCUGUUUCGAAUCAUCCCCAUCCCCAUGAAGGAGGCGGACACCAUGUUCAUGGCAAGAGGAUGCGGCGAGGUGCUGGCGGGAAUCACAAACAUACGUUCCGUGACCAAGAGAAGUUCCUCAGCCAUCAUAUUCUCCAUGAACUGACUCACGCCUUCCAUUUAGGAAGUAUGGUCAUCCUGACAGUGCUGCUGAUAGAGACGAUGUUGAAAAUUUUAGCGAUGGGAAAGAAGUUUUUGAACCACAAGAUUGAGGUUUUCGACGCUAUUGUUAUAACUGUGUCCUGGACUCUUGAUAUUGUUUUCUGGGAGGGGCUAUGGGCACAACCAGAGCAGGAGGCGGCUAAUAUCAUGAUAUUUAUCCUCCCGUGGAGGGUCAUAAGGAUAGUCAACAGUUUUGUAAUGGUUAUACAAGAAAAAGAUCAGGUGCAACUGAAAAUUGUAAAACAACAGUAUCGGGGUUCCGUUAAGAGGGCCAGUGACAUGAAAAUGAAAGUAGAGUUAUAUAGAAUUGAGUUGCGUCAUCUACAGAGUUUGUGCCGUAGACGAGGUGCAACUGAAAAAGAAAUCCAAAGCUGUGCUCCAGAGGGGAAGAGGAGAAGAAGUAGUUUAUUACCGGUGUUAACAAGAUUGGCCUCAGUGGGUCUCCUUGGUUCAGUCAGUAGUAGCGCGGAUCUCACCAAGGAGGCAGCAUCUAACGACACCUCAGACGAGGAGGAUUCUGCUGUCGAGAUCACCAGCCGUCCAAAUAGUAACUAUAGCAAUUACAGCAGUGACUGUCUAAGCCUGGCCAGGACAGUGUCUACCGGAAGCAGCGUGUCUGCCUUCCCGGCCAGCACCAGCAUGGAAAAUCUAGUUCAUGAUAAUCUUGCGUAUGUUGAUGAAAAACCACCAAACUACAAGGAGGUCUCGGAAGAUACGAAAAGCGAAGAUGACUUUCAUACGAAGCUGUGAUUCACAUUUAUAUCUGAGGACCUUUGUUGUAAAACUAGUGUUCAAAUGAAGCAACACUCGCCUCUCGCUCCCGCUGUCUGUGUGUCCUACAUACACGACAAAUGCCACCGUGGGCGACAUGUAAUGUGAUAUAUACCCGUACCCCCUCGUAUGUAGGCAGGGGGAGGAGAUAUUCCAGUAUUGUGCUGUUUUAGUGUACUUUGUGGUCACUUCUAAAAUGCCAUAUGAGAUUAACUGGCAAACUUUACAACAUCCGAUCUAUGCAACAAAGCAAAAUUUUGUGCUUGGAGUAGGUUUAAAUAAAUUGUAGGCUUUUUUAAGAGAAUGGAAUUAACAGUAUUAUUUUUUCACUUUGUUUUCUUUGGUGUGAUUUAAUUUUUAUGCAAUAGAGAGUUUUGAGGUUGCUAUAACAGAUGGAGUUUAAAUUUGAAAAUUUGUAAGGAGGGAUUUUAAAUUUUUUUUUGUUAUUUUUUUUCCUCGGGAUGUUUACGAAAGGACCUGAAUAUGCUAAGAAAAAUUUGUGUUCUUGUAAUCUAAUCGACGUGAAGCUGUGAUAAUCUUAUACUGAACUUGAUUCAGUUUUAUUUUGUUUUUUACCCGUGAUGCACUAUUGAAUUUUGGAGAACAUUAUUUGUCACAUCGUUAAGAGAGAGUGUUCGAAUGGCUUCAUUAUUCUUCAGUGCACUGUAAAUAAAAUAAUCACUGUCUCAUUCUGUUUAUAAUACCAUUAACUUGCAUUUUUUUUAAUCUUUCACUUUAUUAGAGCUCUUUCUUUGUUUUUUUUUUGUUGGAUAUUUUCAAUUCUAAUUAAAAAUUCGUUUUCAAAAAUUAAAUUCCUAAUUUUUUUUUAAUUAAUUCUUCUUAAAUUUUCUAGUUGUUAUUGUUUUCACAGAAAAAAAAAUUGUUAAAUGUUUCAUGUUGUGGUUAAUGUUUCCCGUUUGUUUUUAAAACAGUGCUAUCAUACCGUGUGAGAGAUUACAAAUGCAUUGUAAUGGAGAGUUAUUUCAUCAUUGAUUUCAUUUUUAUAAUUUUUGUGUUGAAAGUAUUUAUAUUCAGACUCUGAAUAAAAGUCAAACUUGAUAAAAAUAA